AUGUCUAGUCGGCUGAAGGCAGGCUCGACCAGCAUGUUGAAGAGCUCUAUGGGUAUAGAUCGUGUGGCGAAGGAGCUCAACCUGCGAUCGCUGCUUGUAAUAGCAAUAAUGCUUAUCGUGUCGAGGAAGGCCAUGAUGUGCCAUAGUGUAUCGACAGAGAGUAUGGACAAUGACGAUGAUGAUGGCAGCACUGUGGCAGUCAUGUUGGACCGCGACAGCUUUGUCAACGAACAGGCCCAAGCAGGUCAAAGAACUGAGACACUUUUUGUUACCCACGAGUAA